GGCUAAGGGGCUCAUGACGUGCAAGUUUGAUCCUUAGAUAUGAUAACAGGCCAAAAACUAAUCUGAGAUCCCAGAAAGAGGUAGGCAACCUGUCGGAGCUUUACAUCUGUGUCUGGCGUCCCCUCAGCUGUUCCUCCCUCUCUUAUACAAGGAUUACAAGUGGCUUUCAAUGAGCUCGACUUCACUGCGCUCGCGAGCCGCUGUACGCAGACCCACGCGCUCUUGACUAGACAAAGACAAUGAGCUGUCACACCUUUCAAAUGAAUCCUAUUUGUUCGGAGUCAAAGAAAUGCUGAAAGGAAAGUCCAAGGAGCGAAAAAUCGAUCUGUUGUGCUGUAGGAAACCGCUGCUGGAACAAGACUACCUGUGGGCACUGUAGUGAGGGUAACAAGAGCCAGGCAGCCAGCGGCGUUUUCAAUCUACCGGCGAAACAUACAACACACAUUUAUAUGGCAAAGUUCCUCGCCGAGCUGCUGGGAUGUACACUGCCCGAGAAAGGAGCAUCUCCAAUGUUCGAGUGCAGGAGUCAGCCGCACAUCGGACUGAGGCAUGUCACCAAACAACGGCCUACCAUAUUUGGGACACUGAUUGAAAAACCGCUUGGGGAUCACAAUGCAGACAAAAUGCCUCAAACGUCACCCUUUCCAGCGAUGUAUGGGUCCAAUGUCUACAACAAGAAUCUCUAUAAGGCCAAGGAAGAAGACUAUGAAGGCCUGUAUUACCAUGAAAACAACCUGGUGUCAGGGUCCUUGGAGGCUCUAAUUGAGCACUUGGUCCCUACGGUGGCUUACUAUCCUGAUAGGACAUACAUCUUCACAUUCCUGCUCAGUUCCCGUCUCUUUAUUCACCCGUAUGAGCUAAUGUCCAAAGUGUGCCAUUUGUGUGUGGACCAGCAGAGACUCACUGAUCCUCAGGCUGAUAAGGCAAGAGUCAGGAAAAUUGCUCCCAAGAUUCUGCAGUUGCUGACUGAGUGGACGGAGACAUUUCCUUAUGACUUCAGGGAUGAGAGGAUGAUGAAGAGCCUAAAGGAACUAACGCAUCGUCUGAGUACUGGAGAUGAACUCUAUCGCAAGGCGGUGCAACAGAUGACACAAACGCUGAUCCGUAAGCUCACCACACUGAGUCAGUACGAGGAGGCUUUGGCCAAGAUUAACUCCUCUGUGACUGACAGAUUAACUGUGCUGAAGACCAAACCUCAGUCCAUCCAGAGAGACAUUCUGACCAUCUGCAGCGACCCCUUCACCCUGGCACAGCAACUCACACACAUUGAACUGGAAAGACUGAGCUACAUCGGACCAGAGGAGUUCAUUCAGGCAUUUGUUCAGAAAGACCCUCUUGAUAACGACAAGAGAUGCUUUAGUGAUCACAAAAAAGCAAGUAACCUGGAGGCUUAUGUGGAGUGGUUCAACAGACUCAGCUACCUGGUGGCGACGGAGAUCUGCAUGCCUGUAAAGAAGAAACAUCGGGCUCGAGUCAUUGAGUUCUUCAUCGACGUGGCACGAGAAUGCUUCAACAUUGGCAACUUCAACUCGCUCAUGGCCAUCAUUACUGGGAUGAACAUGAGUCCAGUGUCACGACUCAAGAAGACCUGGGGCAAAGUCAAAACCGCCAAAUUUGAUAUACUAGAGCACCAGAUGGAUCCCUCUAGCAAUUUCUACAACUACAGAACAGCGCUGCGUGGAGCCACUCAGAGAUCUAUCACUGCUCAUAGCAGCAGAGAGAAGAUUGUUAUUCCUUUCUUCAGCCUCUUGAUUAAAGACAUCUACUUCCUCAAUGAAGGAUGUGCCAACAGGCUCCCGAACGGACAUGUCAAUUUGGAGAAAUUCUGGGAGCUGGCCAAACAAGUGAUGGAGUUCAUGACAUGGAAGAAGGUGGAGUGUCCUUUUGACAGAGACCGCAAGAUUCUGCAGUAUCUCCUGACCGCACCGGUCUUCAGUGAAGAUGCUUUGUAUCUGGCAUCAUAUGAGAGUGAAGGACCAGAGAACAACAUGGAGAAAGACAGAUGGAAAUCUCUCAGGUCCUCGUUGCUGAACAGGACAUAAAUCCUGUGAGGAGCUCAAAAUCAAGUGAACCUUCUGACAAGCAAGCUGUGUCCCCCUUUUGCCCCCUCCAAAAGUGAGAAGUAUCCCUGUUUUUCAAGGGAGAUGACAAUCCAUGUUUUGCUGAACGGUGCAUUUUUAUGUUGGAAAGAGCAGCAUCUUUUUACAAGGCCAUUCUCUUUCUGUCUUUCAUACUGGAUAUUUCAGUCUUUUUCAUCUCUUUGUGCAGACUUUUGUACUACCCCCCCCCCCCUCUUUAAAGCAUGAUUUGAGCAGAAGGAAAAAUGACAUGUCCCUUGUCUACAAACCAAUUCCAGUCUAUGCUGUCGUUCUUCUCAGUUGACUGUACGAGUUUGCCGCUGGUUGGUAAACUCAAUUGGAACAGGUUGGGGAAAAGGAAAAAAAAUAAAAGAUUAUAAACCAGCAUUAUGUGUACUGGGUUCCAGUACUGUGUAUUUUUAUUGUACCUGAAGCAUUAAUUUAAGUAUCGAUUUAUGUUGUCACUAUUUUUUGAUAUUGUGUUUGUCAGUUUUUUAUGCAUAUGAGAUGUGAGUAAUGCAUUGCUUUAACCUCUGUGAGUGACCAUUGAUGUGUGCGUGAUAAACCCGCUGAGGGCUGCCGAAUGCACUGGAUGCUUCUGUGAAUAAAGAUGUCAAUUCC